CCCCGCCCACAGGCGGUCCCUCCCUCGCGGUGCUAACCGAAUUAGCUGUAUGUCUUUAGCAUGGCGGUUUCCUGGUCACGAGCUAGCCACGUCAAUGUCAGUCGGUAAAGCAGCAGUUGUCAUUUCAUUUUCCGAGAGACGAGACACACAUCGCAUCUUUAAAAAGUGACGUGGAAGCUCCACAAUGGUGAAAAUAUUCAUCGGGAACUUGUCGCCGGACACCACAUCAGAUGAACUUCGCUCCCUCUUCUCCCAAUAUGGCAAGAUUGGAGAGUGCACUAUUGUCAAGAAUUUUGGCUUUGUGCACAUGGAUGACAAAGCGGAGGCAGAGGAAGCCAUAAGCAACCUCCACCACUAUGAGCUCAAUGGCAUGCCGAUGAAUGUAGAAAUGAGCCGCAGCAAGUCAAAAGGAUCCACCAAACUACAUGUUGGCAACAUUGGCUGCACCAACCAGGAGCUGAGGGCCAAGUUUGAAGAGUUUGGCUCUGUGGUGGAGUGUGACAUAGUAAAAAACUAUGCUUUUGUUCACAUGGAUCGAAUGGAGGAUGCCGUGGAGGCCAUUAAUCAGAUGGACAACACAGCUUUUAAAGGCAAACUGAUGAGCGUGAAGCUUUCGACUAGCCGCCUGCGUACUGCGCCGGGAAUGGGAGACAGAUCGGGUUGUUAUCGUUGCGGGCAGGAAGGCCACUGGUCCAAAGAAUGCCCUCUAGACCAAAAUGGCUUCCACAGAAACGGCUCAGAGCCAAAGUCUGAUGGAUUCGAUGACUCGAGAUUUGGCGAGCGUGCUCACAACAGGGGUUAUCAACCGGACUUCAGUGGCGACCCAGAUUACAGUGGCGGCUAUGCUCCUGCACAUGGUUUUUCCCGGGGUGCCGGUCACGGUGGCAGCAUGGCGGGGUACGGAAGGGGUUCGGGCUACGAGAGUGCAAUGAGAUACGGGCCGCACCCCGGUUACGGCUUAAACGCUGUCGCUGAACAUAGCAUGGCUCGGAUGUACGGCAGCGAGGCGGCAUUCAGGAGCAACGGCUCGCUCUAUGGCGCGGUACCAGCCUACCCGAUGCGACGGUCGCCUUACGAGGAACGGGAUCCGUACGGGGUCGUGGACUACUACGAGAAGUACAGGGCCAAUGCUUACGGAGGCAGUUAUUUCGAGGAACACCGCGCCGUCCCCUUGCCUGCUCCAUCAACAUCAUCCUCCACAGCUUUAAUGAGGGAUCGUCUGCCCCCCUCUAGCGUCGACGCAUAUGAGUGCCCCCCCCACCCUCCUCCACCAGCCCCGGUCUCCUCAUACUACGCACGUGACCGGAGUCCGAUUCGGAGAGUCCCCGUCGAGGCAGAUGGAUACACAUAUGAGCGUUCGCGCAUUUCCCCGGUGCCCGCCCUCCCAAGGAGCUCUACCUUUGACCAUGCGAGCGCUGAUCGGGCACGUUAUACAUACUAAUCCUUGUCCCACGCAGCCAGGUGAGAGCUGCCUGUCAUUUAGUGGAUAGGAUAGCCAAAGUGCUAUUGGAAUCAAUGAAAAUGAAACGUUAAAACAUAACAUCUAAUUGGUAAUAUCAUAGGCAAAAAUGUGUACGUGAGUGGGUAUAAAAAAUGAGGCUACAAUAAAGCUUACCAACCGUAAUAGCCAAGGAGUAGAUUUUAACGUGAACGCCCUCACAUGCUAUGAUCUCAUUCUAGGUACAUCAAAAUAGCAGUACAACUGAUGCUAAGUUCACCACCUUUCCUUGUCCUAUUCACGUGUCGUGGGACGGCUGCAAUGCAGAUACAGGGGUUCAUCUACAACCUGGCUGACCUCUAUUCAUGAGAAUGGAUCUUUGGCCCUCUGAAAGAAGCUCUAUGUUUAUACACUAGUUAGUCUAAAUAGAAACAAAUUAAAAUAGUGCAUGGUGCAUGUUUUAAAGGUUAGUCACUAUUAAUUGGAUUUAACAAAUACUUUUUUUUUUCAGCAGCAUCUAAUGUUUUACUAUGUGUGUUUGUGUUUGUGAAAGUUAACAUUGUUACCGCAUACGUGAAACAAUGGUCAAACUAGUUUGAGUACUGUAUGCUUCAUCACCUACAUUGUUUAACCUGCGGUCUUAAAUGUCACACCUGUACCCAAAUAUGGACCUUCAGUUGAAAAACUUGUGACACUUUAGUAUUUUAGUUACUUCAAACCUUUUGUGAAAUUAUGGACUUUUUAUCAAGUGAAAUUGUGAUUUCUUUUCUUUUUUUUGUCAAUAGGCAUUAAAUAGAUUUUCAUUGCUGUAACAAACAUGAACCUUCACAUGUUGGACAUAUGUCGGAGUCUCACAAAGUCUUGUCUUGAUUUCUAACAAAGGGGUUAAAAUUAAAGUCUGUUUAAAGUCUGAAAA